UAAAUCCUACCAACAUGGUUUUACACGUACGUACGCAGAAUAGCUUCUAGAUGCAUAUGAAAAACCACUGGUCAAUCUGCACAUUUUACGCUACCAUUUCCCCAUCGUGUACACUUGCAAUUGGUUUGCCAUAUCCCAAUCACAAGCCAAUCAGAAAGCAGGAAGUGAUGCAAUGACAGACCAAUGGGGGCCUCCUCGCAGAGUCUUCGGAAUGACCCUCACACUCCAAUCAGAGACACCGCGGAGGAGGCUGUCGUUGGGCUGGUAGGCAUCAGAGUUUGGGUUUCACUCCGUGCACGGAAGACAGUCCAGGUGCUGUGGAUGCGGCCGCGGUGAUUAUCAAGAAACGGCGAAUUCCAAGUUUGAGCUGCCUGCAUCGUGGCCGAUUCUUCAAGAAUGCCAUCGCCAAAUUCACAACAGGGAGCUCAGCCUCAAUUACAUGGAUUCUUGACAAUGGCUCAACCAGAGAACGGUCCACUGGGAACCUCAAGCGCUGCUCCGAAUUCCCAAAUCCAUAGGAAACGGUCGUCGGGUGAACAACUCCCAUUCAAGCGCACUACUUCCAAACCGAGGCGGCAUUUAUUGCCAAGCGGCGCUACUCAGGCUGGGAUUGUCUACGUUCUGAUUUUCUUAUGCGCAUUACUUGAAGUAGUAACAUGCAAGCCUCUUACAGAAUAUGCACGCCGGGCCAUAACGGAUAAGUCGUCGUCCCACCUCUUCGAAGACGGUUCAGCCAUGGAACUUUCCUUCCUCCAUGUUUCAGGUCAUGAGUCCCCAGACGACAUGAAAACGACGUCAAGUGCCACCCCUCGUUCACUAAGUGUGAUUUCCGAAAGCCCAGUUACCGUAAAUGACGCAAGACCAAGGAAUCAGAGUCAAACCCAGGACAGUGGUUCGGGGCUUCAAACAUCAAGAGUCUAUUCUACAAAGAAUGUGCCUAACAUAUUUCCCCUUGGCGGGAAAAUACCAGUGACAGCAAAAGACAUCCCCCUGUAUUCAGGAGACGAUCUCAUGUAUAGCACAUUUCAGGAGACCUUUCCAUAUUCUAACACUGGAAAUUCUAGAAGGACCACGCCCAUUCCAAACAAACACGAAGGAAAGUUGGCUAGUGAAAUGCUCUCUACGUCACCCGCAUCGCCAGUUGACAAAGUUACCAUGGCGACGGGCAUGAACCGCACUGUGCAUGAAUCCGCUCACAAUGCUAACAUUCAAAUUUCCACGGAAGCCUCCGUAACUCAACUCAAACAUGAAGCAGAGGUGACUGAUGAAGCAAAAACUACAAUGCCCACCUCCCAUGAAAGGAAGCCUAAAAUAGAGAUAAAUUCCAACCACAAGCGUCAUGAAUCAACGGAACAUUCUGACCCAUCAAGCACACCCAAGAACAAACCCACCACAGACAAACAUCGAACGAAGACGACAGAUGAUGAAUUGAUAACCACGCCAGACGCCCCGCCUGAUAAAUCUGUCACAUCUCCAAGUAGCAACACUGAAGAGAUUGUUUCUAGGGAAACCGCAAGUGUUCAAUUCAUCUCAACCUCUGUGCCUGACAGCGUAACAACAAACACAGCUUUCGAAGAAUCUGUAAUGCCGUCUGCCUCCAACUCCGAGGCAGUCGGCCUUGCCACUUCACACGAAUCAUUCAACCACAGGUCAACUACAGUUCAUCGGAAAGGGGUGUCAACCUCAACGAACUCCCCCAGUCCUACUUUCGACGAGAUUAGUACCUAUUCAGAGUUUAGCGAUCGCUCAACUUUAUCACAGGGUCAAAGAAAUUCGUCUGUAAGAAAUGGCACAAUGGAAGUUACCAACAAAACCUUGACGACUCUCCAGUAUUCCCCGCUUGCACGUCAGACCGACAGUGACGUCACCAAGCUUCCAGUGCAGACUCGAAUACGUCACGGCAUUACGGAGUCAAAUAGCGGAUUCACUGAAGAAAGACAUCCAUGGAUUAAAUUACAGGGAAGAACUUCGAUUGUGACCGAUCCUCAAACAUCACCUGAAUCUUCGUUACAAUCAACAAAGUUUGCAAAUCUGGCAACAGUGAGUUCAACUAAGAAGUCAACGGAUGCAUUGAUACCAACAUCCUUCCUUUUCCAAAACCCAAACAAAGAUAACAGUGCCCUGACGGAUUCUCCCAAAAAUGAACACUUAUCACCUCCAAUACUUCAGGAUAAACAUGAGAGAAUAACAUUAUCGGCUAAAAGUGGAGUUGUAGAAACAAACAUUCCUUCCGUUACAGCAUCCACUAGAAAUAAGUUUGCCACUACUCCAAUGGAAUCAGAGAGCGCUUCUACUUUAAAAUUCUCCACAAAUACGUAUGAAAUGACAGACAACGUGGGCCAAUCAUUAACUGACAAAUACACAGUUUCUGAAAUGUCAACAGAGGGUUCCCCAAGCUCUACGAGUCAAUUCGCAACGAGCUUUUAUAGCCAGACGACAUUAGGACACAGAAUUUCAUCGCAACCAAUGCCAGAAGCUUCUGCAACAUCGCCAACUACAGAAAUGGAAAAGAUCGUGGCCACAUCUAAAUCUCCUCCGAACCAAAAGGCGUCAACAGCUAAAUCCACUGUCACCCAAUUACCCCCAACGAAUUUUCCUACCCAAAUGGUGGCUGGGGUUUCGCCAACGGCGACCGAGGGAGCAACAGUGUUUACAAGUUCAACUUCUAAUCCAUUUGGGCUGACAUCUCCAACAUCUCACGGCUUGUCUGAACCGUCGAGAAUUCUUUCGUUGCCUUCAUCAGUUUCAAGCGACCUCGUUAUAUCCCUAACAACUACCUCGGCUACUGUACCCAUGAAACCAGGCAAAUCUACAGCAACAUCAACCACAAUCAAACCGUCAACUGAGCAAAUACCCAGGAUUCUCUGGCCCCUUACCAUGUCACCGGAGUUAGAUUCUAACACUGAAGAAAUUAGCCCGACAACAACAACUCCUGCCAAGCUUGAUUUUACUUCCCGUCAUUUGGAAACUAACACUUCUCCAUUGUUAAAAACAACAACUCCUCCAACGUCGAAAUCGACAGCUUUUCAUAUGUUAAAAUCGACAGCUGAGCCCACGUUGGAAUCAGCAACCGAACUUAUAUUGGAAACAGUGGCUUCCCCCUUUCAGCAUUCGACAACUCAACCCUUGCGUGAAUUGAAUACUGAGCCCAUGGAGUUACCAGUAACAUCCAGGUGGAAUCUACCAGAAUCUACAUCAAAGCAAAUGCCUGAAUCUACGACUGAAUUCACAUUGGAAUCAGUAACUAACCCCGUGCUUGAAUCGAAAACUUCCCCUGUGUUGUCGGGUUCUCUCUGCAAAUCUGCCACCCCAAGGUCGGAACCAGAAACCUCUACUGUCUUGUCAUUAGCAACUUCUGCCACAAUGGAAUCAGUGACUACACCAAUAUUGAAAUUAGCUGCCUCUACCGUGCUUAAAAGAACAACUUCCCCAACACAACAAUCUACAAAACAUUCCAUACAUUCAUCAGAAUAUACAGCUCCCGCCAUGCAAUCCCCAACCUCUAAAAUCAGUGCAUCAAAAACCUUCCCGAUGCUUGGGUCGACAACAUCUUCUGUUUUGCAGUCGACAAAUUCUCAUAUGCUUGGGUUUAACAGUUCUUCAGUGCCGUCAACAACAAAUCCAAUAUUGGAUUCGGCAAUUUCGACCAUACUGGAAUCACCAACCUCUACCAUAACAGAGUCGGCAUCUUCCCAGAGUAGUGAGGUGGUAACUUCACAUGGAGCGAAAUCAGUAACCUCACCUGGAGCGAAAUCAGUAACCUCACCUGGAGCGAAAUCAGUAACUUCACAUAGAGCGAAAUCAGUAACUUCACUUGUAGUAGGACCAGUUACUUCUCCCACUCCGGAAUCAGCAACUUCACCUAUAUUGGCAUUAAUAACUUCCCCUAUGUUGUAUCCUAAAACUACUCCCUAUAUAGCACCGACAGCAUCUUCAAGUGUGAAAUCGAAUUCGUCAUCUACUUCAGAAUCAUCUCCAAAAGCAACUUCCAUGCAAGGAUUGAAAACGUCAUCCAGGUUGGACUCAUCUUUAAAAGCCACUCCCAUUGAGAAAUAUACAACUUCAACUAUAUCGCCCAAAGUUGCUAUCAGUGUGGGAUCAACAGUGUCACCUAUAAAUUAUUUCGAAUUAUCUUCCAAAGCUGAUCCCAGUCAGAAAUUGACAACGUCAGCGCUCUUGGAACCAGUCACACCUAAGCUGGAAUCGACAACGCUCCCUAUUUUCAGAUCACCUCCAAAAGUCACUUCCACUCUGGAAUUGACAUUGUCACCUAUUUUGGAGUCAUCCUCCAAAGCUACUGCCAUUCCUGAAUUGACAACAUCAGCGCUCUUGGAGCCGUCCUCCAAAGCUACUUUCAGACUGAAAUCGACAAAGUCACCUAUUUUGGAGCCAUCCUCCAAAGCUACUGCAGGUCUGGAAUGGACGACGUCACCCAUGUUGGGGUCAACCCCCGAAGCUACUGCCACACUGGAAUCGACAAUAUCACCAGUUUUGGAGCCGUCCUCCAAAGCUACUGCAGGUCUGGAAUGGACAACGUCACCCAUGUUGGGGUCAACCCCCGAAGCUACUGCCACACUGGAAUCGACAAUAUCACCAGUUUUGGAGCCGUCCUCCAAAGCCACUCCCACUCUGAAACCAACAACGUUAUCUACUGUGGAAACGUCAUCCAGAGCUACAUCAAGUCUUGAAUCGACAACAUCACCUAUUUUGGAGUCCUCCUCAAAAUUCUCUCUCUCUCUGGAAUCAACAAUGUCCCCUAUUGUGGAAACAUCAUCCAAAGCUACAUCAAGUGGGGAUUCGACAUUUUUUGGGUCAUCUCCCCAAGCUACUGCCAGACUGGAAUCGACAACAUCACCUGUUUUGGAGCCGUCCUCCAAAGCCACUCCCACUCUGGAAUCGUCAACGUCACCGAUGUUACAACCUGAGACUUCUCCAAUGCUUUCUUCUCAAGCUAUCCCCAUUUCGAAAUCAACAGCCUCAACCACGGUGGAAUCAACAGGGCCAGCUAUGCAGGAAUCAACCGAUUUUUCCUCCUCAUUGAGUUCUCUCAUUUGGGCAACAACUUUUCACAUGAUGAAAUCAUCAAGUACAUCUGGUCGGGAAUCUACAACUUCUCCCUCACUAGACUCAUCCACUGCUUCCAUGUUGGAAGCAUCAAGUACUCCAAUUUUUCAAUCAGCCUCUUCUCUGGUAGUUUCUGGAACUUCAGCCAUGGCACCGCCGACAACUGUUUCUGUGUUGGAAACAACUACUCUCUCUACUGAACUAAGUACUUCUUCAGCGAAAUCGACAGUGUCUUCAUCAGCAUCGCCUCCUGAAUCGACUUCUCCUGUGAUGGGAUCUGUAACCUCCUUGCAUAAAUCUUCUCUUAUGCCUGAACUGAGUAGACCUGUCGGUGGUUUGUUGAAAUCCACACCAACCUUGCUUGUAUCAACAACUGCUCCUACGUCCAAACCGACGCCGUCCUCUCAGUUGGAACCCACAACUUUCUUGCGUGCAGCAGCAUCUUCUCCUAUCAUGCCCAAAAUGUCAACUUCUCCUUUGUUGAAAUCAACAACUUCAUUUCCACAAAUGGAUACUUCUCCUUCUUUGAAAUCCACAAGAAUCUCGCAUACACCAACUUCUAUGCCUGACGCAACUUCUUCCAUGCUCCCACUGACCACUUCUUCUCUGUUGAAAUCAAUGGCAUCAUUGCCCAAAUCACCAACUUCUCCCGUGGUCGAAAUGACUGCUCCCCAAAUGUUUGAAUCCACAACUGUCACAGCUACCCUGCCCGAAUCUUCAACCUCUCUCAUUCCUGGACUCGGAGCUUCUUUGUUGGAAUCCACAACUCCCUUGCCUGAGUCAACAUAUUCUUAUGUGUCCAAACGAACUCCGUCGUCAACAAAAUCCACCGUUCCCUCGACCGAAUCAUCAACUUCUUCCGUGCCUGAACUUGUUACUUCUCGUUUGUCAAAAUCCACAACUCCCUUGCCCGAAUCUUCAGCUGCUCCUAAACUGGAAUCUCGUACUCGUUUAUCAGAAUCAACAAUCCCCUUGCUUGAAUCGACAACUGUGUCCGUUUCUCAAAUGAGUGGAUCUCCUGUAUCGAUAUCGUCUGCUUUCCCUUCGGUAGCAUCUACAUCUUCGCCCCUGGAAACAUCUGCAACUGUACCAUUGAUUAGCAGAAGAAGCUCGACUUCCGAAAUGCCUCAUGCAGAGGCAACUGCAGCUGCGCUGAUCACUGAGGACAUCAGGACUGACAAUAGAGUCAAUGAGUGCGACCUGCUGCAAGCCUUCAGUUGUCACCUGAUCACAGAGACGUGCGUUGAUACGAAGGACGCCUAUCGCUGCAAAUGCAGACGGGGAUUUUACAGAGACCAAACUGGCGCCUGUAGUGAGGGAAUCUCUUUCUUCGGAAGACUAAAGAUAGAUGCUUUUAUUCACGAAGAAAACAAUGUGAUACCAGCUACUUACACUCCAGACCUAGAAGAUCCAAAUACAACAAGUUUUCUAGAGCUUUCUGAACUCAUAAGAAAUACGAUCGACUUCGUAUUUCAGCAAGACUCCAGAACAGAGACACUGUAUCGAGGCUGUGAUGUGAUUCGAUUCAGGCCCGGUAGUAUCGUCACCGAGGUGCAGAUCAUCAUGGACGGGCGAUCGUCUUGGAAUGACACUAACCUGGAAAUCGUGCUCACUAAUGCCGUGGAAAAUGGGACUUUUCUGAACCAUGGGGGCUUUAUUGUGGCUGCAAAUUCCGUACUUGUGACUCCUCUUGAUGAGUGUGCACAGAAUCUUCAUGAUUGCUCUGAGUAUGCUACCUGUCAUGACCAGCCGACACGCUUCACUUGUGUAUGCAGUGAAGGAUACAGGGACCUAAACCAUCAAGACGUAAUUCCGGGAAGAUAUUGCGAGCCAGUUGACCAUCCAAGCCAGAGGCCUCCAAUCAACCAGGUGUUUUUCAUCGUAGCCAUCGUUCUGCUCGCGUCAGUUUUUCUUCUGGUCAUCUUCACCAUAACCCUAGUCAUCCUGUGCAAAAACUGCCGAUCGCCGAACAAGACCAGUGGCACCGCCAAGACAGCGGACGCCUUGGCCGACGUUACUACCCCGAGGAGAAUCUCGGAUGCGUUUCUGGCCGGGGGUGACGUGGAGACGGGAAUGUGGUGUCCAGGGGAGAAGGAAAUGGACAACUGGUCGACUGGGAGCUCGUCUAGUACAGACCCUAUGUCACAGAAAGAUAAAGAUAUAACGAAUGGCCGCGUGGCACCAAUAGCCAAUAUUUCUGAGUUGGAGUUUGAGAUCGUCUGUGAGGCUGGCAUCGAAGACGAAACAGGAAUGAGCACUGCUAAAUCAAGCAAGAGCGAUAAACCAACACCAACAGUUAACAGGGCCUGCGGCGACGAAAAUUCAAACACGGUUUCGUCGAGUGUUGAAAGUACUAAAAAUAAGACACCCCAAAACCGCAGCCAGAACGAAGUUGGUUCGGGAACGGGCAAAGCAAGACGCAGUAGGCAGCACUGCGCCCUCAACGACGGAAGGAAGGAAGCCCAAAGUUCGACCAAACCCCAAGAGUGUGCUGGGAGGACGACAUUAAUUUAGGUCAUGUCUGAUUGGAGGAUGUUAUCGUGUGUAGUAGUGUCUUAUUUGUAUUGGUCCGUGAAUUUUGAAGACUUUUUUGCGGUUCACAAAGGCUGAACGAGCUACCGUGCUUUAAUUUAAAAUCGGGACGCAUCAGCCGAGAUCGAUGCAAACUAUUUUUUAUGCGAGUCGACAGACUGAACAAAAUUUUAGAAUGACUGAGCGUCCCGUGUAGUGACAAAGGAUGGGGACUCAGAAGAUUUAAUUGAGAGAGUCAAAAUCAAGCCAAGAUUUUACUCUCGAUGUCAACUUCCUUUGAUUGGAUUCCUUUAGCCCAGUGACGUAUUUGGGGUGAAAUUUCGGCAGGAUGGGGAAUGGGAUGCAAGCGUUUUGUUAGGGGACACUGAAAGCAAAUGAGCUGUAGCUAAUAGGGUUUGUUCAGUUGAAGAUUCAUCCCCUGGGGGAUUCAUAUCCCGUGCCCCCCCCCCCAUUAUAUCAGUCAGUGGCUUAAAUCUGUGUCGGAAAUUGGGGGAGGGGGGGCAGUGGGGGAGGACUUGCCCGGCCAUGGAAAUUAAAAAAGCGGGGGGCCAUAUACA